AAAAAAAAGAAAAAAUCCACAGAAGAAGAAGAAGAAGAAGAAGAAGACCAAGAACAAGAUAACAACUGCUGCUUUACUACAUUUCUAAUAGUUUCUAACCUAGUUGUUACAAACAUGGACAACUCUGGAAAAGAGAAGGAAGCCUCGGCUCUGAUCGCUGAGGCUGAAAAGAAACUGAAAUCGUCUCAGUCGUUUUUCGGGGCGUUGUUUGGAGGCUCAUCCAAGAUGGAGGAGGCCUGUGAUAUGUACGCCAGGGCUGCCAACAUGUACAAGAUGGCGAAGAACUGGUGUGCUGCAGGUAAUGCGUUCUCCCAGGCGGCCCGGCUCCACCUGCAGAUGCAGAGUAAACACGAUGCCGCUACUAACUUCAUAGACGCUGGAAACGCCUUCAAAAAAGCUGACCCACAAGAGGCAAUCAACUGUCUGAACCGAGCCAUCGAGAUCUACACAGACAUGGGACGGUUCACCAUCGCAGCCAAACAUCACAUCUCCAUUGCAGAGAUCUACGAGACGGAGCUGGUGGACAUCGAUACGGCUAUAGCCCACUAUGAACAGGCAGCUGACUACUACAAAGGAGAAGAGUCCACAAGCUCUGCUAACAAGUGCCUUCUGAAGGUGGCUGUCUAUGCAGCUCAACUGGAACAGUACCAGAAGGCCAUAGAGAUCUAUGAACAGGUUGGGACCAAUGCGAUGGACAGCACGUUGCUAAAGUACAGCGCUAAGGACUACUUCUUCAAGGCAGCUCUCUGCCACUUCUGUGUGGACAUGCACAAUGCCAAACUGGCCUUGCAGAAGUACGAGGAAAUGUUCCCCGUCUUCUCAGAUUCUCGGGAAUGUAAACUGCUGAAGAAACUUCUAGAUGCGUGUGAAGAACAGAAUGUGGAUGUAUAUACUGACGCUGUGAAGGAAUAUGACACUAUCUCUAGGUUGGACCAGUGGCUGACCACUAUGCUCCUCCGCAUCAAGAAGACCAUAGAAGAAGACGAGAGUGACCUGCGUUAAUGGCCUUAAUGUCACUAGACACCUAACCCCCCCCCUCCCCCCCUAAACCCC